UCUCAGAAUUACUCGGAACGAAAAGAAAUAGGAAAUAGUCAAAAUAUGACGCAAACAGAUAAUCAACAUAUAUAUACUCAAAGAGAAGAGAAUUCUAAGGGGAUAUGUACAAGAACGAGUGUUGGAUCGAAUGUAGCAGAAAUUACGUCAAAAUUUCAACAAAAUGUAAAUGUAGCUACAAUAUCAUCUCCACCUCAAGUUAAACAAGCACAAGAGAAUAAUCAUAUUACAAGAGCGCCAUUACCAUCAGUUCCAAAGAAAGCGAAUGUUACGGGAAUUUUUCAAGCAGAAGCUUUAUAUGAUUAUGAAGGGGAAGAUGAAGAUGAUCUUACGUUAAAAGUUGGGGAUAAAAUUAACGUUUUGGAAUAUGUAAAUGAAGAUUGGUGGAGAGGAGUAUGUAAUGGUAAAGAAGGGAUUUUUCCAGCUAAUCAUGUGAAAAAAAUACAACCAUUUGUAGCUAAUGAAAGGGUUACAUUAUCACAUUUAUCAUCCCAAGAUCAUGGAUCUCAAAAAGAACAAACAUAUUCUCAAAAAGGAUAUUAUGGAUAUCAACAACCCUCUCAACCUCAAACACAGCAAUAUAAUUCUGAAAAAAAAGUCAUUUCUAAUGUAGGAAAAAAAUUUGGUAAUGCUGCUGUUUUCGGUGCAGGUGCUUCUGUCGGUUCACAUAUCGUCGGCGGUAUAUUAUAGAUCUUUAUUCUCUUCAAUUUACCUUAGCUGAUCUAUAUUUAUCUAA